CUUCACCAUGGCCUCUGCCCUGAACAAGCGCCAGCAAGCGCGCAACGAGCGGACAUUACAGGAUCUAAUUAAGACAGUCCCCGGAAACAAUAUUUGCGCUGAUUGCGGGGCGCGCAACCCAGUUGGGUAUUUUCUUAUGCAUGCGGUGCGCGGCGCUGCACCGCAAGCUGGGAACUCACAUUUCCAAAGUCAAGUCUUUGAGCAUGGACAAAUGGGACAAUGCCCAAGUCGACAAUAUGAAGCGCAUGGGCAAUAUCGAAUCGAACAAAGCAUACAACCCUCGAAACAUCAAGCCGCAAAUCCCGAUAGACAUCGACGAAGCAGACGGCGCAAUGGAAAGGUUCAUAAGACAGAAAUACCAGGAGCGUGCAUAUUUGACCGACUCUCGACCUGGCACGCGACACAAUACCGGCAGCACCAGCUCCGUCGAAGACAGACCGCCCCCGCUUCCGCCGAAACCUACGAAACGAUUUGGAUUUGGUCUGCAAAAGGCCGCCACUGCUCCGCGAAACGUCACACCUCCAAUUUCGCCUGAUUUGUACGGAUUUGGCGACACAUCUCCGCCUAGAGUGAACAAGCCGUCAAGGGUAUUCGGAUCGGAUGUCGGGGCUUCAGGGGACGGCUUGGAGUCGAAGCUGGCGACGCUUCGCGAUAUGGGAUUCCCCGACGACAAACGCAAUGCUACGGUCUUGAAGGGCCUUAAUGGCAACAUUGACAAAGCUGUGGAGGCAUUGAUCAGACUGGGAGAACAGAAUCCUGGGAGGUCCCGUGGUAACACACCUACCCCUCCCGUGAAACCUGGGGCAAAUGGAUUAUCAUUUGAGAGAUCAAAUACCGCACCGGCCGCGGUCUCAUCAAUGAAUCCAUUCGAUGCUUUAGACGCCGUUCCUCCCGUGCAACAACAACAACCGCAGGUUGGCCUGAACACCCAGACAGCGUAUCAGACAAAUGGCUCCCAAGUGACUUCUCCCAUCAAUUCAUACAAUCCAUUCCUGGGGCAACAGAUGCAACAAAACUAUCCUCCUCAGCAACAGAUGCAGCAGCAACAGAUGCAACAACAACAGAUGCAACAACAGCAACAGAUGCAGCAACAGCAGCAACAGCAACAGCAGGCAUCUCAGCAUAGCUUGCCUUCACAGUCGAAUCCAUUCGGCCAACCGCAACAGGGCUUGGAACAAUCUUUCCAAAACCUGCAACUGUCAAGUGCACAACCGCAACAGCAAUUGUUUCCAAACCGGACCGGUGGCCACGCUCAACCACCUAACCCGCCUUUUGCACAAGGCAACCCCUUUCAGCAAUCCUUCACACCACCACCCAUGCCACAGAUUCCACAACAAUAUCAAUCCUUCCUCCCGGCUCAGCAGUCCACGUACCAAGCGCCAGUGUCGCCAUCGGCUGCUAGCAAUCCAUUCUUAAAGUCCUCACGAUCUCAGAUGUUUUCUCCCACCUACGCAUCGUCCAAUCCAUUCAACCAGUCACUUCAAUCACCACCCCAACAACAACCACAACCACAACAGCAGCAGCAGCAACAACAACAACAACAACAACAACAACAGCAGCAGCAGCAACAGCAGGGAACUAAUCCAUUUACAAUGCAGCAGAGCUCUCCAAGUGCUGUUACCUCUCCUGGGCCGUCUCCCUGGCAAGGCCUAAAUCAGAACACGCAACCCCAGAUGAACCCGUGGCAGGCUCAACAGAUGGGAUACGCACCGCAGAGUCAGCCGCAGCCAAAUUACCUGCAGCAAGGCCAAGGCCAGAUCCAAGGGCACCCGCAGCAGGCUGCAUUGGAUAAGAAUUCCAUUCUUUCCUUGUACAACUACCCACAGCUUGCACCGCAACGAUCCGAAGCUACACAGCCUGCCCAGGUUCCCACUCCCGCAUCUGCUGCCCCUACUGCCCCUGCAGCGGGGAACCUAAACCCCUUCGCUGCCGUCCAGGGUGCACCGCAAGGCCAAGCACCUCGAUCAGGAUUGACGAGUCCCAUCUCGCCAAACGGAGCCAGGCAUGUCAGUAACGAAAGCGUUGAUUUCGCAGGUCUCAUGGGCGGGCGUCAUUCACCCGACGCAUUUUCGGGUCUAAGUGCAAGUUAUCGAAGAUAGAGAAAACCAUCCUCGCAAAACAUCUUGUUGCAUAGUUUGCCUUUUUCACCAUGCAUAGCUAGCGGAGCAAGAUUUACGUCAAAUUCACAGCAUUCAUACUUCAUUUUGGUCGGCUCCAUCGAUUGCAGGGAAUGAUCAACGUAGUCAUGGG